AUGCAAAAUGAAGCAAACGAUCGCCACAUGGCUUGCGCAUCUGAUUGCCACUGCCAGGAGCAGUGCGAAAGCCGGUACAUAAAUGAACAAUUAAAAUGUGAGCAUAUUCACGAUGAAAAUCUGAUUCCUCUUUGCUAUGAAAACGCAUGGGAGCUCUUUGAAAACUGUAUGCUUGGCAACUGCGAUAUAAAAGUCACAACGACAGCUGCACCAUCUUCCACGCGUACGACCACGACAAUGGUUUCAUCGACAACUACAGUUACACCUUUUACUUCAACUUCGACGGAUCAGCCUGAGGGUUCUUCAGAUUUCGAUUAUUACGAACCUCUUUUUGGAUAA